UGUGCUGCUGUUUCUGCGUUGGAAGUUUGUGUCUUAUUACUGGAUAGCUGUCAUACUGAGGAAUAGUUUGUAGAUUGUGAAUUAUAAAAGUUGGAUUAUAUAAUCGGUAAAAACUGAUGGAAUUAGGAUUGUUGGAUUGUUACACUCAGAGGCUGGGUCCGGAUGCCGUGCAAAACAGAAUGUCAAAAUGGGCCGCGCUUUGAGGAAAUGACGAAGCGAUGGCAUCGCACGACGCACGCAGCACGGCACGACCGGGGAUCACUGAGCUGCAGGGUUCUCGGACCCAAAUCCGACUCGCUACCCCCCCCCCCCCCCCUUUCGCAGUGGAGUGACCUUCGCAGUGGCGGCCUGCGCCGCAAAAACCCGACGGCACGACGCGCAAUUCGCCCCGCGAUCCACUUGCUUCUCUAGCUCGCCCCCUUGCCGCAAGUUCGUCGAGAUGGCGGCAAAAUCUGGGUACAGCCGCCCGCGCCAGCUCGCCGAUGACACUGCUCCUCCGGCCCCCAGCGCUGUCCUGUACGUGGCCAACUGCGGACCCGCGGUAGGGGUGACAGAUGCCGACGUCCGCGCGGCCUUCGGCGCCUUCGGGGAGGUCGCGGGGGUCCAUGCUGCCGACGACAGCGGCGCUCGCGUCAUUGUCCGGUUCCACGAGACCGAAGCGGCGGAGGCCGCCAUGGCGGCGCUCCACGGGCGCCCCUGCGGCCGCCUCGCGGGGCGGGUGCUGCACAUACGCUACUCGGUUCCCGUGAAACCGAAGGCUAGGUCCAGUGGCUCGCUCCCGGUGGCGCUCGCGGCGUCGGAGCUCGGGCUCCCCGGGAUUUACAUGGUUGCGGAGUUCGUGAAUGCCGCUGAGGAACAGGACCUACUUGCGGCUGUGGAUAGCAGGCCUUGGAAAAGUUUGGCGAAGAGACGAGUUCAGCAUUAUGGUUUUGAGUUUCUGUAUGAAACAAGGAAUGUUGAUUCAAAGCAGUUCUUGGGUGAAUUACCGGCUUUUGUUUCAAGAAUCCUUGAGAAGAUCGUUUCUUUUCCUGGUGUGAAGAAAUGCACGACAAAAUUGGUUGAUCAAUUGACAGUAAACGAAUAUCCUUGUGGUGUAGGUUUGUCUCCACAUAUAGAUACACACUCAGCAUUCGAGGAAAUGAUCUUUAGCCUUUCUUUGGCUGGACCUUGCAUCAUGGAAUUCAGGAAAUACCCUAAAGGCAGUUGGCGUGCUCCAGGUGUGGUCAAUGGAACUGAUGAAGAUAGCAGUCAAGAUCCAGAGUGUAUAAGGAAAGCCAUUUUCCUACCUCCUCGGUCAAUGUUACUGAUGUCAGGAGAAGGCCGAUAUGCUUGGCAUCACUACAUACCGCACCAUAAAAUCGAUGAUGUGGGUGGUCAAGUCAUCAAAAGAAAUUCAAGGAGGGUUUCUUUCACUUUUCGAAAGGUGAGGAUGGGUCCUUGUGACUGUGAGUACAAGCAAUUUUGUGAUUCUCAUAGCAAGAGAUGUUAAGCUGGAAAGGCUAAAAGCUUUAACACUACUUGCUGCUACUACUAUCGGCAAGUCUCAUGACAGACUGGUGUCUGUUGUCUGAUUGUCCGACAAUCCCACCAACAAAAUGUUCAGGGCGCUCACCGAAGAAGUCAUGUAGAGUAGCAGAUGUUUGAUCAAACCAAUGGGUAGAGAAUCAUCAGUUUGUAACUUCUGAACCUUGUGGCAGGUUCAUUUUGAGGUUGAAUUGCUUCGAUGAGCAUGUAGUAUGUCAUUACGUUGCCUGAUAUAGUGAAAUGAAAAAAAAUCUGUAUGAUGCAACAAUGA